AUGGCGGUGGCACCCAGCAGGAGGCUGCAGCGGUACCUGCUGCUCCUGGCCGUCACCUGCGGCUCCACUUUUGUCCCCUGGCCAGCCCAGGCUUUGCAGAGGAUCCCUCUGCGGAGGAUGCCCUCCAUCCGCCAGACGCUGCAGGACAUGGGGGUGAAGGUGCGGGACGUGUUCCCGGAGCUGCGCCGGGCCACGCGAGGAGGAGGAGGAGGAGGAGGAGGAGGAGGAGGAAGAGGGGACAGUCCCCGCAACGGGACAGCUCCCACCCUCCUCACCAACUACCUGGAUACUCAAUAUUUCGGGGAGAUCAGCAUCGGGACCCCCGCGCAGACCUUCAAGGUGGUUUUUGACACGGGCUCGGCCAACCUGUGGGUGCCAUCCUACAAGUGCUCCCCCCUCUACAGCGCCUGUGUGUCCCACAGCCGUUACGACUCCUCCAAAUCGCGCACCUACAUCGCCAACGGCACCGGCUUCGCCAUCCGCUACGGCACCGGCAGCGUCAAAGGCGUCCUCAGCCAGGACAUCGUCAUGGUGUCGGACAUCCCGAUCAUCCAGGUGUUCGCCGAGGCCACGGCCCUGCCCGCCUUCCCCUUCAUCUUCGCCAGGUUUGACGGGGUGCUGGGCAUGGGCUACCCCAGCCAGGCCAUCGAUGGCAUCACCCCCGUGUUCGACCGAAUCCUGGCCCAGCACAUCCUCAGGGAGGACUCGUUCUCCGUCUACUACAGCCGGAACUCUCUCCUGAAACCCGGCGGGGAAAUCAUCCUGGGAGGCAGCGACCCAGCCUAUUACACCGGCGACUUCCACUACCUGAACGUGAGCAGGAGCGGCUUCUGGCAGAUCAGCAUGAAGGGGGUGGCCGUAGGGGCCGAGAUCCUGUUCUGCAGGGAAGGCUGCUCAGUGGCCGUGGACACGGGGGCCUCGUACAUCACCGGCCCCGCUGGCCCCGUGUCCGUGCUCAUGAAAGCCAUCGGGGCCACCGAGGUGGCCGAAGGAGAGUACGUGGUGGACUGCGAGCAGGUGCCUCAGCUGCCCAACAUCUCCUUCCACCUGGGAGGGAAGGUCUAUGGCCUCAGCGGCCCCGCCUACGUCCUGCGGCAAUCCCAGUACGGGGAGGACGUGUGCGUGGUGGCUUUCUCCGGGCUGGACAUCCCCCCUCCGGCCGGACCCCUCUGGAUCCUGGGCGCCACCUUCAUCGGGCACUACUACACCAAAUUCGACCGGCGCCACAACCGCAUCGGCUUCGCCACCGCCCGCUGAGGGCUGGGGGG